GGCGGCCGGCAGUGCGGAGUGCUCAUCAUGGACUCGCUGCUCAGGCUCGACAUGAGGGUCCUCUCGCCGGAACGCUGACGGUUACUGCAACGGAAGGGGGAGAGUCCAGGGCCGGAGCGUCGGGAGCGCGAGUGCGACCCCCAAGCCGACAUGCCGCCGUCGGACGCGCCGCCCGCGCCCACCGCGCCACCUCCUGAUCUUCCUGCUACCACCGCUCAGAAAAGCCGUUCGGUGGUGGUGUCGCUUACGCCGGCGCGGCAGCGCGAGACCUGGGCGAAGAAGGCAGAGUUCCUGCUGGCGGUGGUGGGGUUCGCAGUGGAUCUUGGUAACGUGUGGCGAUUCCCCUACAUCUGUUACCAGAAUGGAGGCGGUGCGUUCCUGAUCCCGUACUGCGUUAUGCUGCUGUUUGGCGGGCUGCCGCUGUUCUUCCUGGAACUGGCGCUGGGCCAGUACCACCGCUGCGGCUGCCUCACUCUCUGGAAACGGAUCUGCCCCGCGCUUAAAGGUGUCGGCUAUGCCAUCUGCAUGAUCGACAUCUACAUGGGCAUGUACUACAACACGAUCAUCGGAUGGGCGGUGUAUUACCUGAUCGCUUCUCUCGCGUCUAUAAACUCUGUGCUGCCGUGGACCAGCUGCGACAACGAGUGGAACACGCCACUGUGCACGCCGGUCACCUCACCUCAGACUAAUCCUAACUCUUCUACACCGGCGAAGGAGUUCUUCGAACGUAAUGUAUUGGAGCAGCACAAGUCUAACGGCCUGGAUGACAUGGGGCCGAUCAAGCCGUCGCUGGCUCUGUGUGUGUUCGGGGUCUUUGUCCUCGUCUACUUCUCCUUGUGGAAAGGGGUCAGGAGUGCUGGCAAGGUGGUGUGGGUGACAGCUCUGGCCCCGUACGUGGUGCUGCUGAUUCUGCUGGCGAGAGGCGUUACGCUUCCAGGAGCGACGGAGGGCAUACGGUACUAUCUCACCCCAGAGUGGCACAAAUUGCAAAACUCUAAGGUAUGGAUUGACGCGGCAUCCCAGAUUUUCUUCUCGCUCGGUCCCGGUUUCGGAACUCUACUGGCGCUCUCCAGCUACAACAAGUUCAACAACAACUGCUACAGGGACGCGCUCAUCACAUCUUCUAUCAACUGCUUGACCAGCUUCCUUGCUGGUUUCGUCAUUUUCUCGGUUUUGGGGUACAUGGCGCACGUUCAGAACAAGAGCAUCGAGGAGGUUGGCCUCGAAGGCCCUGGACUGGUGUUCAUCGUGUACCCCGAGGCCAUCGCCACCAUGACCGGCUCCGUGUUCUGGGCCAUCAUCUUCUUCCUCAUGCUUAUUACCCUGGGACUUGACAGUACUUUUGGAGGUCUCGAGGCAGUCACCACGGCGCUCUGCGACGAAUAUCCUCGAGUGUUGGGCAGACAUCGCGAAGUAUUUGUGGCUGUACUGCUUCUGUUCAUCUAUAUUUGCGCUCUGCCCACCACCACAUACGGUGGUGUAUACCUCGUAGACCUACUCAAUGUGUAUGGCCCUGGAUUGGCGAUUCUGUUCGUUGUAUUUGCUGAGGCUGCCGGCGUGUGCUGGGUGUAUGGCGUCGACCGGUUCUCUGAAGAUGUGAGGACCAUGCUGGGACACACCCCUGGAUGGUUCUGGAGGACCUGUUGGUCUUACAUCAGUCCCGUAUUCUUGCUGGUGCUGUUCGUGUUCUCCGUUCUGGCACACGAGGAGAUGCUCGGCGGGGAAUACACCUAUCCCUCAUGGUCUAUCACCGUAGGCUGGGUGAUGACCGGCACCACCGUCUCGUGCAUUCCUCUUUACAUUAUCUACAAACUGCUCAUCACUCCUGGCAAUUGCAUCAACCGCAUCAAGACAAUCCAACGUCCGGAAGUGACGUCGAUACCUCCAGCGGACUCUACCCUAUGCAACCUGUGACCGAGCUCGUACUGCGCCGCGCCUUGGGACUCCAAACCGCCAGCAAUCGAGUGGCUCGUCUAACCUAACCUAACCUAACCUUGCGAUUAAUUUGGAAAUAAUUCCCAAUACGUUUUUUGUAGAUUAAUAUAAACCAUAUUAUUAUUAGGUCAAUAUAUACACAUCAUAGACAACUUAUUUCAAUAACUUAGGUAAUAACAUUCGAAAAUGGGCGAGACAAUCUACAUUACUAACUGCAUAUCUGCAACAAGCAUUCGAUUUUAUCCGAAUACAUUAAGUUAUAAUUUUAAGCAGUUGGUGUAGAAGUAUGUAGUCAUAUAGUGCAAGAAUCAGGCUUGGUAGAGAUUAUUUAAAAUUGUAAGUUAUGAAAUCGUAGGUUAAUAUUUAUAAUCUAUAUAAUAUUAAAAUAGAUUUUCAUGUUUCGUAUAUAAUGUUCAAGAUUUAAACAACAUAUUAGAUAUUAUUACAUAACAAUAAAUAAAAUACAUUUCAUAUAUGUUAUAAAAUAUAUAAUCAAAUAUAUUACUAUACAUUAAUCAUGACAUAUAACAUUGUAGUAUGGCUUCAAUAUAUAACUUAUAUAUUAAACAUAUAUUGGAUAUCAUACAACGAAAAUAUAGAUAUAAGUGGAUGUACAUAAUGAUAUAAAACAUAUUGCUGGGAGGACUAUAAUUGUGAAACACAUACAUUUUAGGUAUAAAAUUAUGUAAAAAUGCUUGUAAGUGUAACAACAUACUAUAUUAAGCAAACCCCUUUGUAUAUAGUUUAAGUAUAAGAAAUACAACGAUUCCUGUACUCUUGGGCAAUGAGUAUAGAAAUUUUGUAUUUAAAUAUAACUAUACUAUGUAUAUAUUAAGGGUAUAAUGAAAAGGAUGUUAAUGGGAUCACACUCAUAGGUUUUCUAACAUUUUAGUUUCAUUGAGCGUAUCAAUAUAUACGAAAACAUAAUAUGUACUUAUGUAGUUAUAGCGUAGUAAAUAGAAAUCAAGAGAUUCCAAUCAUAUUUAUUCUAUUAUUAAAUUAGUAAUGUACUCAUAUAUGUUCUUAAGUAAAUAUAUACAAUAUGCUUAUUUAAAAAUUACUUGCUCAUAUAUACUUAGAAUAUAAUAAAAUAUUAAAUAAGAAGCAUUUAUGUUAAUCAAUAUAUUAUUGUACAUACUGUUUCGAAUAUUUUAUGAGAUCAAUCUCAUUAGAUGACCUGUUAGUAUGUAGUAUUUGACAAUAUAACUGCGUGUUGCGUAUAUUAAUCGAUAUCUUAUAAUAAGUAGAGGUUUUUUCAAGUAUUUAACCAUUGUAGUUGUCAUUUUAAUCGCCUAGUAGUAGUGGAAUAAUCAUUUUGAAAUAUACAUUCUAUGCACGUGUUUACGAAUCUCUAUUUUUCCUGCAAUAUUUUGUAUUCAAGUACCUCGAUCUCAUUUUGAACGUAUAAAGUAAUGAAAUAUCAACUUUAUUUCUUUGUAUCAGCUUUAUAUUUUGUCGUACUAAUACACCAAAGAUGUAUCAAAUAUUCAUAAAAUAAGCGCUAAGUGUUUUUAUAAAAAAUAUAAAACCCCAGUUCAUAUACCCACAUAGUUAUAUACAUUUGUUAUUUGAUUUUAUUGUAUUUGAAGGUUAUAUGUUAUUGUACUUAGCAAUGUUAAAAGUAGCUCGUGUAUUGUGGUGUGUUUAGGUUAAUAAACGCAAAUGAUUAGACACGCCCUGUAACAGCCAUUGCAGGACUAUCUGAACAUUUGCUUAAUCGUAAA